AUGACCGUCUACUCGACAGCUUCGAGCUAUCCAUUUCCGGAUCAGCAGUCAGGACGCUUGCACAGCAACAUCUUCCGUCCACCUCACACUCCUGGUUUCGACAUGAAUUUCACAGCCACUCCAUCACAAGACAAGCCUGUCUUAACAAGGAAGCGGUCACGCGCAAACUCGAACAAGCCAAACGCUUCUGCACCUCUGGCAUAUGGCAUGAAACAUGGCUACACCACCCAAGCUAUGAGCCCAGCUCCUCUUGCAAACGAACAUUACACACUGGACUACAAAUUCGACACUCCGACAUUAGCAGCUGCUUCACGACACGACGAUUUGACUGGAGAAAGAGACUUUCGCUGGAAAUGGGAUUCUGGAGAUGCAUCACCUGACCAAGACACUGCACAUGUGCCGGGUUUACUGGCAAGAGAGAGGAAUGGAAAAGGCAGGACGGUCAGCUACACAAGUAUGGCGAGCACCAGUGAUUCAUCAGACACCAAAGGAUGGGGAGGAUUUGCCAUGAAACUGGUCGGAGGUGUCGUAGGCAAAGUGUGGCACUUUUGUCGUGUGAGUGCUUUUGGUGGCUUCUACGCUGGUUCUGGACGAGGCUAUGACUUUGCACAACCUACUCAGCUUCCCACACCACUGCCUGGACAGAAUCCGGUGAACGACUUCUUUGGCGACUUUGAGCAAGACAACACUCCUGAAAGAUCUCUCAAGAGACAACAAACAGAAUCUGGCUGGGUCAUGGUAGACUCGAAUCCAGAAGCACCUCGACCAUCCAACCGCAACACAUCCAUAGACAACCUCACACAUCUCGGCGCCACAAGAGCAAGCAGUCGUCGCGCUCUAAGCUCAGUAACCCGCCGCGCCCCCUCACGCCAGACUUCCUACACCGGCUCUCCACAAGCACAACAAUCCCGUCUUGACGUCUUCAGCCAGGCAUUUGCAGACCGUUCUGCCACAGCAGCUUCCAUAGCCUCCACUCGAUCUGCUGCUCCUUUGCGUCCCGCAUUCGGGGUGCGCCGCUCACCCGUCACCACACCCAUCCGCACAAGUUUCGGUGCAGACCGUCGGUCCAGCAUUGCCAGUGCGAACGGAGACAAUCUAAGUCCCGACGCACAACGCUUCCNNCUUCACCGCAUAGAAAGAAAAGACCGCGACGCCGACAAAAGCAUGCGCAAACUCGAUCGCCAAAUCCAAGACCUGAUUCGACAAGGUCAAGCCGCUCUAGGCACGAAAUUCGAAGUCGAAUCUGACGAUACUGAUUUUAAUGACGAUGAUAACGAUUGGGAGGAUGCUCGUAAAUGA